CUAAACAUCACGAAAAGAGAACCUCUGCCCAACAAACCUGUCUCAAGCGUACUCCGACUAGGUGCAACUACCUCCGCUAAUAUAUCCAAACACGCUGAUAAUACACACAACAGUACUAGUAGCGCCCAAAAAGAUACCAGCAUAGACACAAACGCAAUUGCGAGCACGGCUAAACACGCAUAUGAUGAUAUCGAGAGUGCCGUAGGAGUGACUCUGUUCUCGUGCGACCAUGUGAUUCCCCCUGACAAUCUUAUUGCGCUGGCCGUGGGAGUGGGUCCGACGGGGAAACGACUGUCAUUUACCUAUGAGAAUCGACAGAAAAUAGACACGAUAGAUGAACUGGGAAGACUCGUGCUGCAAACAUGCAGGCGUGUGCCGGAUGGGGUGGUGUGCUUUUUCGCCUCUUACGAUUACGCGACGUUUGUCUACGAACGCUGGGAAACCAACGGCAUGCUGAAAACUAUUGCAGGAACUAAAACGGUAUGCGG